AUGGCCUCGACAGUUCUCGUCUCGAGAGCUCCAGCUCCCGUAGAGCUGGAUUCGGACAGCACCGGGGCGACGGUGCCCAUUCUAGGUGCACGUGGUGAUGAGCCGUACUAUUUCGGACUGCCGCCGCCGCCCAUCUCAGGCGAGGGCAGCCGCCGUGGGAGACUAGCGAGGGUAUCGAUGCCGCCAUCGAUGCCAGGGAACAGCGCCCGGGAGGAUGCGGCACGACGAGGCAUCUUUAUGUACACCUACCUCGCCCACGCCGAACCGCCAGCAGCAGAGGUGGUUGCCGAUCCGAGAAGCGAUCUCACUGGUGGCGGCAGAAGCAGAAACAGUAUCAACAACGGCCAGAGAACCAGCAGCCGUAUCACCUCCCGCCACGACGCUAUCGAAGCAAAUAGUAAUGCAGCCGCGAGCCUGAACCCGUCCUACCAGAGCCACGACAGGUCCCAGGUCUCUAAAGAUCCUUCGACAGAUGCCCACAGACGUGUCGGGUCUAAUGUCAGCAGCAGCAGCAGUAGGCCGCCUCCGCCACUGCAGAGUCGCUCGGUCAACAUUCCUUUGAACAGUUCAGAAACGUAA